UUACCAACCACAUCUCCCGUCAGCCCCCGGUGCGGAGCGGCGUCUGUGACGCAUAUUUUCGUCGACUAUGAAGUGCACAGCUGAGCUAAACUGACACCAUGGACGUUUAACGAUAAAUUGGGUCAUUUUAAUCCUGUCCACUGGCCGUGAUCGUGCUUAGUGCCACUGAGGCCUUCCGUCUGAAAUGUCUCUCAUACUUCACGGAGUCGAGUUUGUAUUUUACGACUUAUUUAAUAGGUUUUCCCGCCGUUAACCAGCUCGUGUUAUUGCAGGACAGGUGUCUCUGCUAGUUCAAAAUGACUCUUCCAGCUCUGCACAACACCAGCGUGCUUUACAGACGGAUACUGUCACAGUUUCCUCAGGACAUCAGCUUAGCGUUUGCCUACGGAUCUGGCGUUUUUAAACAGCAUGGGACCAGCCAAGGUCAAAUGGAGAAAAACAUGCUGGACUUUGUGUUUGCGGUGGACGACCCGGUGACGUGGCACACCAUGAAUCUGCUACAGAAUCGCAAACACUACUCCAUCCUCAAGCUGCUGGGUCCCACGGUGAUCAGCUCCAUACAAAAUGAUCACGGAGCUUCGGUGUACUACAACACGCUGGUGCCUGUGGAUGGAAGGAUAAUAAAAUAUGGGGUAAUAAGUACAGACUCUCUGAUUGACGACCUGAUACACUGGAAGACCAUGUAUGUAGCUGGGCGCCUGCACAAACCGGUGAGACUGCUGGUCCAGAGUGAGAGCCGAAAGCUCCGCGCUGCCCUGGUCGCCAACCUGAAGAGCGCUGUGACUGCUUCCUUCCUGAUGCUCCCAGAGAGCUUCACUGAGGAAGACUUUUUCCUGCAGAUAGCUGGUCUUUCUUAUGCUGGGGAUUUUAGGAUGGUGAUUGGAGAGGAUAAGUCCAAGGUGGCCAAUAUCGUCAAAGACAACAUUCAACACUUCAGGAUUUUGUAUAGCAACAUCUUAAGAGAUUGCCCUCAAGUGGUCUACAAACCUCACCAAGGAAAACUUGAGGUUGACAAAAGCCCAGAAGGCCAAUUUACUCAGCUGAUGGCGUUACCUCGGACUCUCCAACAAAGGAUCACAAAGCUGGUUGAUCCUCCAGGGAAGAACCGGGAUGUGGAAGAGAUCCUGCUCCAGGUGGCUCAGGAUCCUGACUGUGGAACAGUUGUGCAACAAGGUAUCUCAUCCAUUGUGAAAUCCUCCAGUAUAACACAGAGUAUCAAAGGCAUUGCUACAGCUGGAUUGUGGAAGACUGUAUCCUACAGCUCCAAAAAACUGAUGAAGAUGUGGAAGGGCGGGAGGAGGAAGCCGUCGGUCUCUCAGAUGUCUUGACCUUGUCGGUUUACCAGGAACUUGUUCGUCUUUGUUACUGUCAGUCUGACAAUCUAAUGCUGCCCGUCCUUUUUUAAACCCCAUCUAAAACAAUCACACCCUAACCUAUGGUUGUAUCACUUUGUAGUGUCUACAUAUGCGACCUAUGACCAGGUGUAAGGCCGUGUGUAAAAAAAAAA